UACAAGGAUCUCACGUGUGACGCGACUCAAAGCGUUAUUUAGGGUCUGACUCUCAGCAGAUAGCAGCCUUCUACAACGAACAAGAUCAAUAUGAUUUUCUUCAACAUUUUAUUCGCCUGUGUUUUUUUCGUUGGAAACGAUGCGGCCCUUCCUAACGUGGGUUCUUGUACUUUCAUGGAGUACUACUGCAGUGCUCGUAAAUGCAGUACUGCCUUUUUUAAAACUUUGCAGAAAUACCCAAAGGCAAACUGUGGCGCGGAGCUUAGCAAUCUGAAGAAUUGUAUGGUGGACACGUUGAAGGUCUGUUCUGAAGGUGCACUGACCGAAAGCCAGAUAAGGGGAAUAAUUGACAAGAGUGUGAAGGAAGAACAGCAGUGUAUGGAUGGUUCUAUCGAAAUUCCCACCAUGCCGCCUGCCGUUUCGAUUUGUUCAUCAUCAUUUAGCAGCGAAGCAGACACUUGCGUUCGAUCCUUUCACCAAAAGUUUGCCAAGGAUAAAUCAGAUCCCACUCUUUGCUCAGAAAACGCCGAAGCAAAGAGGUGUGUAAGGAACCUGAUCGAUUCUGACUGCAACUUUCCCUCCCAGGCCAAGGAAAUUAUAGACCUAGGUCUCAGUGACUACAAUCCUUUCUGCGCAGACAAUCGGGACCCUGGUUCGACCGGAAAUGAUCAGUGCUAUGGCGUGCAAGACAAGAGCGGCGACGCAUUGAAAUAUUUCAAUGCAGCCGCUGGAAUCAAGCCUGGCGUACUGCACACGCUUCUGUUUGUUUUCUUUUUGUCCUUGUUCCUGUUUAAAGCUUAAAACGCCUUAGCCUCGUGUUUAACUUGAUUUACAGAAUAGUUUCUAGAUAAAGUUUAAAACGACAUUUGGAACUUAAAGAGACGUGGUUCAGUAUUCUUUUUUCGCCAAUGUUUUGCUUUUGUGUUUAUUUUUGUUUCUUUUCUUUUGUUUUUCAAGAAAUAAAUUAUCACUUAUA